AUGGAUAAAUUUAUGAAGAAAAGACCUCGAGUUUCUAUCGGUUCUUCAAGUGCUAAUGUUGAGCAAGAACCACAACAAUUGGAAAAUAAUGUGGUAGUUGAAAAUAAUCCGGACGAGAUUGAAAUUGAUAAAGAGAAAAUUAAAGCCGACCUUGGAUUACGAGACUCUAUGGAUAGUUUUGAUGUGAAUAUUCAGGAUCGUAUUCGUAGAGAAUAUGUUGCCAAAGGUCCGUGCCAACCAAAAAGCCAUGAUUUUCCAAAAAAACAAUAUGGAAAAGAUAAGAGAGGUUUUAGGGAUGUUUGGUAUAAAGAUUAUGUUUGGCUUGAAUAUAGUACGACAGCAGAUGCUGCGUAUUGUUUUUGGUGUUUUCAUUUCAAGCGUGGUUAUUUAGCACCGGGAGAUGAAGCAUUUGUUAGUGGUGGUUUCUCUAAUUGGAAGAAGGUUAAUGAAAUAUUUAGAGCUCAUGUUGGGUCAACGGGUAGUUCACACAACAAAGCUAGAAUUGAAUAUGAAAAUUUUGUAAAUCAAAAGCAGAGUGUGACUUAUAUUGUUAGUAGAGUUAGUUCAAAACAAGAGAAGGAAUAUAGGAUUCGUUUGACUGUAGCUCUUGAUGUUAUUCGAUUCCUUUUGAAUCAAGGUUUGGCUUUUAGAGGACAUGAUGAGACAUCAACUUCUUCAAAUAGGGGCAACUUUCUAGAGCUAUUAUAUUGGUAUAGUUUAAGGAAUGAUGAAGUUGGUCAAGUUGUAUUAAACAAUGCUCCUGGAAAUAAUCAAAUGAUUCUCCAUCAAUUCAAAAAGAAAUAG